AAAACGAUAAUUUAUAUUAAUGAUACAAAUACAACUAUAGUACCUACAUUUCUUACUAUACCUGCCAGUGAACUAUCCACCUGGACUACAUUCAAGUAUGUUGAGAUUGAAAAUGAUGCAAAAUAUACGCGAUUAGCCCAUGCUAUCCCCUUUUCGCCAUGCAUAACAAAUAUGAGACAAGAUGAGACGUCGUCGGUGCAUCGAAGCAGUCGAAUAAUCCUUGAGGCGAUGGUAGAUGCUUCGUUUGGAGUUGAGUUUGGGUUUGGAAGUAUUCUCGAUGAUAAUAUUGUUGAGUAUACCCUUCGGUACCGGAACGUAUUCAAGGUGUUUAAACUGAGGUACGUGGAAAGUUCCAUGGGUUGUAGCACAAAUAAGAAAGGGCAUGCUGCACGAGUGUUUGGAUUCAUUCCUAUAAUUCACAACAAGAUGCGGGUUCGUAAGAUUGAAUAUGAUGCCGAAGAAGGGACAAUUAGUAAAGACGACGAGUUUAAAUCCCUUCCUCCCGUUCGUAAGUUAAGUAAUGGGGUAUUAAAAACCGUAUGCAAGGUUGGUACAAGGGACCAAUUGAGGUGUCAUGAAAAUUCAGGGAAAUUUAUUGACGAAUACAAGAACCAAUUUUCAUUCAAUGUCGUUUAAACCAAUAUUUAACUUUUCUGAAUGAAUGUUCAUCCUUUUCCUUGAGUUCUCGCUUAUUCAUGUAUUGAGGAGGGUGAUUAGUUUCAUCAAAGAUGGAAAAUUCUUGCUUUAUUGGCGUUGAUGGUUUCAGUUUUGGUUUAUACUUGGGGAUUUGGGUGGUUUUAAGAAUGUUACAUUCAGCGAGUGAUUCGGGACGACGAGGAGAUUUCAAUUUCAGUUUGGAAGUAGUGUCGGUUAAUAUUGAAUUACUUGGACUUGAUACUUGCCAACUUAUUGGACUGGUUGGUUUGCUUGCAUUGACAUUCAUGCUUAUGGGGCUGGUUGAUUUCUCUGAACUUAUUGGACUUGAAGAUUUUGGUGAGCUUAUAGGACUGUUGGAUUCAGGUUUUGUAUUUUCAUCCAGCAAUGAAGUGCUAGUAGUUGUGGCUGGUGUUGAGAUUGGAAGGGCAAGUACUUGUGUAUUAGUUGAUAUUGGGGAUGAAGUACUUGAUUCAAGCUUUAACGGCAGGGACACCGCUCGUGG